UGUAAGUAAAAAUAAUAAAUCCAAUUUAUUAUGGGAACAAUAAAUAUAUUUUUUUAUUUUCUCAAUUCCAGCACGAAAAAAUCAUCAACUACACAGCUGCGGGCACUAGUUGAGUAUAUGGAGGAGAAUCCCGAGUUUGCCAGAGGAGUGCCAAUUUUUGGAAGCAGCAGGCAAUCCCUGGAGGACCACUGGAAGAAGUUAGUUUUUAAAUUAAAUACCAUGGGUCCUCCUUCCCGCACAAUUGCAGAGUGGAAAAAGACGUGGGCCGAUCUAAAAUCCCGCACCAAAAAGAAAAUUGCGGAAAAUAAAAAAGGGCUGCAAGGUACAGGUGGUGGUUUAUACCGGUUUGAGUGCCUAACGGAGCUGGAAACAGCAAUUGACCGGACACUCUUCUUGUCGAAGUCCGCAGCACCAAGUGGUAAAACUUUUGGCUACGCGGACGAAAUAGAUUACUGCUUCGAGGCAUUGGAUACCACACCAUCAAGACCAUCCAAGACCGUAGCAGUGGUAAAACCUACCAGGCAGUUCAGUUCCCCAGAAUCACAUACCCAACAACAACAAAUAAACGUAAAAACCUGUACCAUCACAACUCAACAAUACCAACCACCAGCCAAAAGACAAAAAAUCUCACCCCAUUUCUACACAAACUGCAAAACAACAGGCACAGUCAGCACACACACAACAAACUCAGACACAGUCAGCACACACACAACAAACACAGACCCAACAGCAACACCAACGUAAACAAACAACGUCCCCUCGUCAAGACAUGGAACAUCAAACCGUGCAGAAAUCACCCCCAUUCAAAUGCACAUCACAACAUAAUUUUCCAUCCACAUCAUCAGCAAAAAAACGUUCCAACGUCGGAGAGCAAAUACCUCUUAUCCGUCGGCAAUUGCGGCUGGUCGAGCAGGCAAAUGCAAUAGCCAAGGAGCAAGCAGAUGCAAGCAAAAGGAUGGCUGACGCUGCAGAGAGAAUGGCAGAUUAUGCCGAGGCCCAAACAAAAAUGCUUAAGUC